AUGAUGCGCUACCUCAAACUUUUAAGACCUCAACUCCAAACCUCCACUGUAUUGCCUAGCCUCUGGAUCUCCUCUCAACCGCCCUUUCGGAUCCGAAACCGCUUCGGCCAUCCCGUCAACACCAUCCUCCCAGUCUCACACAUUAACGCCUUCUCAUCAGCCAGCAUGGAAUUUCCCCCUUACAAUAACUCAGUCAUCUGCCCAGCGCUUGGCAUCGCGCCAGACAAUGCAUCACCUGAUCUGUUUGCUUCAGAGCUUUCCUUCUUUGCUUCACAUCCUUGGACUGCUUCUCUGCUAUCCACGCCGGAGACGAUCCCGUUUCUCCCGUCGUGUCGGAAUCCUCAGUCAUCGGCGCAUGAUCAGCUUUUUGGGAACUCGCUUAACAAUGCUCGUGGCUUGACGCAUUUUAUUAGCUACUUCCGUGCGCCAAGUGUUGAGGUUGCCAAGAAUCCAGCGCAUAACAUCACUGAAAUUGUUGUGCUGGUAUCGGUGGGUGAAGGCGUAAGCGGAUAUCCUGGUAUCGUUCACGGUGGCAUCGUUACAGCUCUCCUGGAUGAAUCCAUGGGGACCAUCUUUGAUCUGAACGGCACGUUGGGCAAGGAGGCCAGAGCGUUCAAGACGUCAAAUGUAACAGGCGGAAUAGACGUAAAGUUUCUCAAGCCUGUUCCGACAGAUAGCGUUCUCUGCAUCACAGCUAUUGCAGAGGAAAUCGAUGGUCGAAAGACCACAGUCAGAGGUGAGAUGAAGGAUGAGCAAGGACAAUUGCUGGCGAGUUGCUCAAGCAAGUGGGUAGCACUGAAGCCAAGCCUCUGA